UGUCCAUGCUAUGCUAGUAUGACAGUUGUGGGUCCGUGACCGCUGGGAUGGAAAUUUGUCAUUCAUGACUUUAAAACAUCAUUGCCACCGUAAAUGUAGCACCGCAUUAAAAUAGAGGGUUUGGGGACAUUUUAAUCAAAACCAUGGCUCGGGUUGUGAAAGUGUUUCGGACUCUGCGAAAUCACUGGAAGAAGUCCACAUUUGCAGUGUGCGUCCUGUCUUAUGGGGGCCACUGGCUCUAUGGUAAACACUGUGACAAUGUUCUGCGGAGAGAGGCUUGUCUGAUGGCCAGGGAAUUUGGGCGUCAACAGAUAGCACCACAGGAGCGGCUGAGGAAAGCAACAGUGAUCUUGAACCCUGCAGCUUGCAGUGGGAAAGCCAACAACCUGUUUGAAAAGAAUGCUGCUCCUAUUUUACACCUGGCUGGUGUGGAGAUUACAAUAGUAAAGACAGAUUAUGAAGGCCAGGCAAAAAAACUGAUGGAACUCAUGGAACAGACAGACAUGCUGAUCGUGGCCGGAGGGGAUGGCACCUUGCAGGAAGUCAUCACAGGCUUACUGCGAAGGCCAGAUCAGGACACACUCAGUAACACGCCGAUUGGAUUCAUUCCACUGGGCUCUCACAAUUCCCUGAGUCCAAGUCUUCACCUCCUCAGUGACAACAAGGUCAAAGACAUAACAUCAGCAACACUGUCCAUUCUGAAGGGAGAAACUGUACCUCUGGAUGUGCUACAAAUCAAAGGGGAGACAGAGCAGCCAGUCUUCGCUCUGAUGGGACUACGUUGGGGUGCGUUUAGAGAUGUGGCUGCAACAAUCAGCAAAUAUUGGUACCUUGGACCACUGAAGACAAAUGCAGCACAUUGGUUUAGUACUCUUCGGGAGUGGCCCCUGGUCCGUGAGGUCUCAGUGUCCUACUCGGCUCCCAGCCUUCGGCCCCCUGACCUGGCCGCCCACAAGCCCCCCAGACCCAACCUGCUCCACCGCAUCGCCCGCAGACUCAAAAACUACUGGAACCCUCCUGUUGAAGAGCCUCCAAAAGUGGAAGAGCCAGAGGAGUGGAAGGAGCAGCAGCUGUCGACGUUAGAGCUGUUUAUUCAAACGCACAACAAAAACCCAGUGGAGAGGCGGCUAAAUGACUCCCUGAUGAUCUGUGCAGAACCGGACAACUUCACUGUGGGCGAGUUCAUCACUGUCGGAAAUAAAAAAGAAGAGGACCCCACUGUAUUCACUAAAAACUCCACACGCCUGGAAGCCAGUGCUUGCCGGCUGCAGCUGCCAGAGGGUGCCAGCGGCUUCUACAACAUCGACAACGAGGAGUAUGAAGCCAUGCCUGUAGAGGUAAGGCUGUUGCCACGGAAACUGCGCUUCUACAUCAGUCCAGAGCGCAGAGAGCAGUUCCUCUCACAGAUGCAGUGAUGAAAAAGAACAUUAAAUCAGAAAGGAGACUAGAAGAGCGAGACAAAAACUGGACUCGAGAAAUACAAAAGCAAAGAACCAGGUGCCAUGAAACUUUUGAGGUCAAUCUGAAAAUGGAUGUCUGCUUUGCCAGCAGUUUUAAAUGAUCGUGAAGUACUAUUGGUUUGUCUGUUUUACUGAAGUUGCUACAAUUAUGAGGAGUACAUUACAUGUUGAUGUAAAUGAAAGGACCAUGGCUUUGUUUCUUUAAGCCAGUAACCCAUGUACAGGUUGUCUUACAAAUGGUCUUUAUGUUUACUGAAUAGUUUACUAUUGUCAUCACAUUUGAACUUGGUCAAUAAAAAUAAUGUUUGUCCAA